UCCUAUAAUAUGUUUCCCUUCAAAAUCGCAUUUAUCACUGUCAGUUCGAUAACGUUCGCUGGUGUGAUAUCGGACACCUGCACGUGACCUUCGUUGUUUACAGAGGGCGCUGGUUUUACCGGAAGUGGUUUGUUGAAUAGUAACCCAUCAUGGCGCACAGCCAUGACUGGAUUUUACAAUCAGCGAGUUUCUUCUGGAUUUUUUCCUUACUGCUCAGCGAAUCUCAGAGCAAAAGAACACAGACGUAUUUCAUGCAAAAUCCUGACUGUGCGGACAGCAAGUAUUUAGGAGGAGCGACAGUGUUCUCCCACAACCUGAAGCAAAACAUUACAUACAGUUCGCCCAUAGAGUGUUCCAUGACGUUCAGAGCUCAAAACAAAAACUGGAAACUUAUGUUGCGAAUGUUGGAAUUGGAUAUACCAGACAGAACACCUAAGGGGAUUUGUAAUGACGCACUUUAUUUCUUCGAUGGUGAGAGUCACCUUACACGAGCCAUGGAAGAAGCUGGUGGCAACGCUGGGCUCUGUGGAAAUAUUUUACCUCCAACAUUAUAUUCUACUGGAGAAUUUUUAACAGUGCAUUUUAGGACGGAUAAAGGAGGUCCGACAGGGAGGGGUUUUAAGUUCAUAAUAACAGCAUUUAGCGAAGAUUUUAAAAAAUUCAAGAAGUGUGGUUCGAGUUUUCAGUGUGAGAAUAAUUACUGCAUUGAUGAAGACUUGGUGUGUGACGACGUGGACCACUGCGGUGACUACUCGGAUGAAGCGACAGAUGGGCGGGCCAAAUGUCACCGUAAUAAAGAUGAAAAUGGUUUAAUCAGCCGCUUCCUGUCGCUGGGCGUAACAGCGUCGAUUGCUAUCACCGUGGGCAGCAUCAUCAUCUUCAUCGCCUGUGUCGUGGCCCUCGUCUUCUGCUGCCGCAAGUCAUUCUGCAAAAAGUCCCAAGACACGAGUGCUGUCACCACGACAACCACGACUGUCGUCACCAAUGGUGCUCCACCAUCAAAUUAUCAAGGCCAGCGUCCCGGCGGCCCAUUCAGCAACCACGCAUACAACCACCAGGGCUACUACCCGAUGCAGCCCGUGUACCCGACUCCCCACGGCUCCGUGUACUCUGCGUACAUCAAGGACCCGUUCACCCUCAACAACCAGUACUCUGCUCAGCAGUCCCAGCAGAGGUCCUACACCCCAACCAGCAGCAAGUCCGGCAAGUCGAACCGCUCAAACAACAGCACCAGCGUCACCUACAGCCAGGGAACAGAAAAAGUCUCAUUGCCAGUCAAUCUGUAGCAUUUGUAGUGGAGAAGAAGUGUAGCAGGGAUGGUGUGGUACUUGUACAUGGAAACACAUAUCGGGGUAUAUGUACAUACGACAUACAAUUUCAGAAACUAAAUUCAUGUAGUGUCCACCUGCAUGUAGAGUGAAGGUCGAGGAAGGGAUUGCAUUGUUAUGUACAUGGACACACAUAUCUGGUUAUAUGUACAUAUGGCAGACAAGUUUCCAUAAGAGAUUUUUAAAGUUUCAUCGACAGUCAAUCUGUAUUGGAGUAUGUGGCAGGGAUGGCGUUAUUAUGUACUUGGAAACACAUACUGGGUUAUAUGCAUAUGUAUACAUUUUCAGUCAAGCUGUAACAUCUGUAAUGGAAAAUGUGGAAUGAAUUGCAUUAUUAUAUAGCCGUACAUACACACAUACAUGUAUUGCAUAUGAACAUACCACAUACAUUUUCCAGAAAAAAGUUUCAUUGCCAGUCGAUCUGUAACAUCUGUGGUGUAGAAUUGUGGAAGGGGUGGUGUUAUCAUGUUCCCGAACAAACACAUUGCGUUAUAUGUACAUACUGCAUACUAUGUCGGAAAGAAAAGUCAUUGCUGGUCAAUCUAUCACAACGACAGUGGAGAAGGUGCAAGGGAUUGUGUUAUUAUGUACAUGAAUACAUUUAUGGCAUUACCCCAAACAGAUUCUUUGCAAGUGAAUUCGUGGCAUCAGUGGAAAAUUUGGAAAGAAUUGCAAUAUUAUGUACAUGAACAUACACAUUGCAUUAUAUGUACAUACUGCAUACGUUUUCAGAAAGAAAAUUCAUUGUAAGUCAAGCUUUAACAUCUAUAGUUAAAAAUGUGGAAGGAAUUGGGGUAUACAAACACACAUAUUGCACUAUAUGUACAUACUGCAUACGUUUUCAGAAAGAAAAUUCAUUGGAAGUCAAGCUUUAACAUCUAUAGUUAAAAAUGUGGAAGGAAUUGAGGUAUACAAACACACAUAUUGCACUAUAUGUACAUACUGCAUACGUUUUCAGAAAGAAAAUUCAUUGGAAGUCAAGCUUUAACAUCUAUAGUGAAAAACGUGGAAGGAAUUGGGUUAUUAUGUACAUGGACACACAUAUUGCAUUAUAUGUACAUACGGCAUACAGUUCCCCACCCCAGAAUUCAUGACAGGGAAGCUAGAGAUCUACAGAGCAUAGAAUAUGGAAGGAAUUGCAUUCUUUUGUACACAAACAUGUGUUAUAUGUACAUACAUGUACAUUUUCCAAAAAAUACAUACGGCAUACAGUUCCCCACCCCAAAAUUCAUGACAGAGAAGCUAGAGAUCUACAGAGCAUAGAAUAUGGAAGGAAUUGCAUUAUUUUGUACACAAACAUGCGUUAUAUGUACAUACAUGUACAUUUUCCUAAAAAUAAUUUCACUGACGGUGAAUCUGUAGUAUCGAUAGAGAAUUUGAAAGGAAUUGCAUUAUUAUGCACAUGAAAACACAUACUGCAUUAUUUGUACAUACAGCAGACCAAAUUUUCAUUGCCAGUGAAUCUGUAGCAUCAAUGGAAAAUUUGGAAGGAAUUGCAAUAUUAUGUAUGCAAAUACAUGUACAUUCAAACUGCAUACAUUAUUUUUCUAUUAGAGGUUAACAGUUUCAUUGCCAGUGAAUCUGUAGCAUCUAUAGUGGAGAAUUUGGAAGGAAUUGCAUUAUUAUUUAUGUGAAGAAACAUAUGUUGCAUUCUGGAGUUUAAUGCCACAUAGAAACACUGGUUCUACAACUGUUCCUUGAUGAAAAGCCCACAAUAACCUCUUACCUUCAAGAACUUGUAAAAUUGUCCAGCAUUUUUGUAUAAAAAUCAUUUUCAUCUGUGACCGAAGAACAUGUAUGCUGUACUGUGAAAAAAAGAUGAUGGCAUUGCCUUUGAAUUUAACACUGUUGGAUGAGCCCAAAUAAUUAAAUGUACACGCCUCUGAGAAUUAAAAAAAACGCAUAACCUAUUUAUGGGUCAUGCCAAAACAAGUUUUAGUUAACCCAUUUCAUUUUGCAUAACCCACUGGGACAAUUCAAAUCAUGUCCUAAAUUUAAUAUGCAAAUAAACAAAACAGGGCUUCAUAAAACUAGACUUGUAUGAGUUAUACCAAAAAGAAAACAAUUUUUAUAAUUUUCAGAGAUCUGAUAUACACAUUAUUAAGAAAGGAUCAAAUGCUUUCAUUGCCUAGAUGAUUUGACAUCCAAUAGCUGAUAAUUAAUUAAUCAAUGUGCUCUAGUGGUGUCAUUCUAUGGGGAAAAGGAGUCAUUUCAUUUGUUCAUUGAGAAAAAUAAUUGAAUUCUGUGGUAAAUAAAAUCACCACUGUCUAAGCUUGACAUAAAAGCAAAUAUACAUGUAUGCACAGAGCUGUUUACACAUGGAGCUACGCACAGCUGUACAUACAGAGCUACACACAGCUGUACAUGCAGAGCUACACAGCUCUACAUACAGAACUACACACAGCUGUACAUACAGAGCUACACACAGCUCUACAUACAGAGCUACAUGCACAACUACGCAAAGAUGUUGUACAACAGAGCUAUAAUUUAAGCUACAGAGUUGAAAAACAGCUGUGCAGAGCUGUACAUACAAAGCUACACAAACCUGUAUGUAAAAAGCUACAUGUAUGCCGAGCUGUAGCAUAGAACAACACAUGGCUUAACAACACAAAGCUAUACAGUUCUACCAGAGAUACAGAGCUACUCGGAGAAAUAUACACAGAGCUACAUAUGGAACUAUAUUCAUUGACAGUGGCAGUAUUCAGAUAUUCAAAUAUCCAUCCGAGGUUCUGACAAAUUCUACGCAAUAAGAAGUGCAUGAAUGUCAAUCAAGACGAUUUUGUGGGUUUUUUGUAAAAAUUAAAAGUGCUUGCAGAAAAGAUUGCAAAAUGAAAUGUCAAAGAUGCAGUGAAUGCAUAUAAUAGAAGGAAGAGGAAGUCUGUGGUGGUGAUAUAAAAAAAACCUGUUACUAUAAAAACCUGUAUGAUGACGGUUAUUGCGUCAGUGCUGAAGCAGUUUAAUGCUAUAUUGCCAAACUGAAAAUGGUAAUGGUGAAGUUUUACAAGAAUCGGGUUGUUUUUGUCUUUUAAUUUUGAGAAAAAAAUACAGUGAUGUCGAUUUUUGUUUGUUUUUAAGUGUCAGUGAAUUUAUCAGAGUAGAAAGCGUUGUGUGCUAAUAACUGUAGUGAAAAAUUAUUGAUGUCAGAAUGACGUACAAAUCUGAUAAAUUCUGUUAUCACAUGACAGAAAGAGUACAAAUUGGAGAUGUAAAUAUUUAGGGUCAAAAAAGAAAUAAUUGAGUUACGAAAUGACAGUUGUUACAGUUAAAGGACAGUUGCAUGUCACUGAUGUUUUAUUCUCUUAUUCUGCCAGAGAAAAAACAUUUGUGGAUAAAAUCAUUGAGAGUACAACAUUCAAGAACAGAACAUUUGUGGGUAAAACAUUAAAGAAUAGAACAUUUGAGAAUAGAACAUUUGUGGGUAAAACAUUCAAGAACAGAACAUUUGAGAGUAAAACAUUUGUGGGUAAAACAUUCAAGAACAGAACAUUUGAGAGUAGAACAGUUGUGGAUAAAACAUUCAAGAACAGAACAUUUGUGGGUAAAACAUUCAAGAACAGAACAUUUGUGAGUAGAACAUUUGUGGGUAAAACAUUCAAGAACAGAACAUUUGAGUGUACAACAUUCAAGAUUAAAACAUCUGAGAAUAAAAUAUCAAGAUACAACAUUAAAGAGUGAAAUGUUUGAAAGAAAAACAGUCCAGCAUUAAAGAGUAAAACAUGUGAGAGAAAACAUUCAAGAGUAGAACAUUUAAGAAUGUCUGUAUCUUGAAGGAGGAAAGCUUAUCAUUCAUAAAUAAGUGCUUCAUGUUAUUGACAUGUAAAAAAUAUUUAAUAAUGUUGAAAAAUGUUCAUUGUUAUAAUUGAUUUCUAGCAGAUGUAUUGCCAUGAUUAAAUUUUUUUUUAUUGGAA